GUUUUUUAUUUUACGUAAAAUUUCGAUUUUGACUGCAUUGGAGCUCUCUGACCAGCUGUAAAAGAAGCCUCCUCCGUCGCCGCCUUUGGUGCCAUUGCGGUCGGGGCUAAAUGGGGCGCUGAUGAAGGGAAUGAAGCAAGUGCUGUCGAAGUCUUCAGGGUAGAAGAGUUCGUAGUCCGGGUCGGGUUUCAGUGGGUCUGGUUCCGACAAGGCGUUGGCCUCCAUUUGUGUUUGUUGUGUUUGGAGUUGAUUCAUCUCGUCUACCGAAAGAAGCCUUCAUCAGCAGACGCCAUCGCCAAACCCAACCCGAAGCCCCAUUCCCCAUCCGAACUCGACCUCGAACUCGGCUAAGACGAGGGGAAAGAUUUGAUGCUCAAGGGCUCUGUCGGGGAAGGUGGAGGAGGGGAAGAAAGCGUGGAACUGGAGCUGAUGCGGCUGCACAAUCUCGUCGGGCCGUCGCGGUUUCUGUUCGCGAUUACGGAGGAGUCGGAGGAUGCGAAAUCGAGAUUGAGUAGCUGGCAAGGGUCAAGGACCAAGAUCCUGAGCGACAUUCUCCUUGCUAUCGAUACGACGCCGUCGUUGUUCACCUCUCUGGACUCUCCCCGCUACUCCAACUCUCCGGAGUCAUAUCACCGCCAAAGGGUUCAAAUAGAGAAAGAAGGUUCCGGUCGGGUCAAAUAGGGAAGAAAAGAAAGGGUUAUGCCAUGGGUUGGGUUGGUUUUAAUGAUGUGACAGAUUGGAUUUUAUUUUUUUGGUUUAAAUCCGAUUGAUCAGGCAAUUUCGUUUGGCACGUCAGCACUUAAUGGACUCCAUUAACGGAGUUGGGCGGAGACUAACGGAGAGUGAUCAAACGUGGGCUGCUAAACUAAUUUUAGUGACUAUUCUUAGAAUUAAAUAUUUUCAGCGAC